AAAACUUUUUAUCUAAAUUCGACAAUAAACAAUUCCACCGCAUGAAAACCAAAAUAACUAAAACAAAAACACCAAUCUUCUUAAAACUCAAAGAAACUUAAACAAAAUUAAUCAAUCAAUACCAAUAAUCCCAUCAAAAUUCACCAUGUCAUCUUCAAUGUUAACCCCAACACACAAAUAUGCAGCGGGUGCAUUAUUUGGGCUGGCCCUUCACCAGGCCCAGAUCCAUCAAACAUGUCCAUUGGGCUUUCCGGAUCCCUCGCCGGCAGAAGAACGUAGUAGCAGUUGUAGCAGUAAUGAUUCCGUUUCCGAUGACCCGCAACUUUGGGCUCAUCAAUCCUCUGACCUUCUAAGACCCAUCUUCAAAUGUUUAGAGAUUGAUGACAAGGCAUGGUCUGGACUAGAGGAAACUGCUGCCUCUACACCACCGAAGCAUCAUGUUGGAGCGUUUCUAAGGUUACUGUCUGAAGAAAGUAAUGAUGAUUCUUCAGAAGCAGCAGAGAUGGAACUUGCUUUGGCAAAUGGGGUUGAUGCCAUGGCAUCAAGCAUGGAGAGAACUUCUGAUUAUGAGUCUAAGAAGGAGAAGAGUCGCGAGUAUAAGAACGAAUGUCAGGAGAAGCUAUCAAUUGCUGAUGUGAAGUCCAAGGCUGAUGUGGAAGGUACGAAUGUUGAAAAUCAAGAGAAAAGCGAGAAACCAUCUAGCAUUGCAGGGGCUCAUUUGAAGUCUGUUAGUGGAUCUGAUGAAAAACCUGUGGAAGAGGUAUCAAUGCUUGGAUACACUAGGAAGGUAACCAUUCUACAUGAACUUCUUUCAGCUUGUCUUGCACAAGCACCUGAAAAUGGUAAGAAACCUACUCGAAGAAGGAAGGGUUAUGAUGCUCGACAUCGUGUGGCUUUACGGUUGCUGGCAACAUGGCUUAAUGUCAGAUGGAUCAAAGUGGAAGCCAUUGAGACCAUGGUUGCUUGUUCAGCGAUGGCUUUGCUGAAAGAGGAAGAAUCAAAGGAGGAAAGCCAAUCUCCUGAUACUUCAUGGGCUAAGUGGAAACGAGGAGGAAUUAUAGGUGCAGCUGCAUUGACUGGUGGAACUUUAAUGGCAAUUACUGGUGGUUUGGCUGCUCCAGCAAUAGCUGCAGGCUUUGGUGCUUUAGCGCCUACGUUGGGCACUCUUAUUCCUGUGAUUGGAGCAAGUGGGUUCGCUGCUGUUGCUACUGCUGCAGGAAGUGUUGCAGGAUCUGUUGCAGUUGCGGCAUCAUUUGGAGCUGCCGGAGCCGGACUUACAGGAACCAAAAUGGCCAGGAGAACUGGAGAUGUUGAUGAAUUUGAGUUCAAGGCUAUAGGGGAAAACCACAACCAAGGGCGGCUGGCAGUUCAGAUCUUGAUCUCAGGACUUGUUUUUGAGGAGGAAGACUUUGUAAGACCUUGGGAAGUACAACAUGAUAAUUCUGAAAGGUAUAUAUUGCAGUGGGAAUCCAAGAAUCUUAUUGCUGUAAGCACUGCUAUUCAGGACUGGCUGACUUCAAGAAUUGCAAUGGAGUUGAUGAAGCAAGGUGCUAUGAUGACUGUGCUACACGGUCUUUUAACAGCAUUGGCUUGGCCAGCAGCUUUACUUACCAUUACUGAUUUCAUAGACAGCACAUGGUCAAUUGCUGUGGACAGAUCUGAUAAAGCAGGAGUGCUCCUAGCAGAAGUAUUGAAGAAAGGAUUACAGGGACACAGGCCUGUGACACUUGUAGGGUUUUCACUCGGGGCAAGAGUUAUUUUUAAAUGUCUACAGGUUCUGGCUGAGAGUGAAAAUAAUUCUGGACUUGUCGAAAGGGUCGUUCUUCUUGGGGCGCCUAUUGCAAUUAAAGAUAUGAACUGGGAAGCAGCUAGAAAGGUGGUAGCUGGUAGAUUUGUGAAUGCUUAUUCCACAAAUGAUUGGAUGCUUGGAGUUGCCUUUCGUGCCAGUCUACUUACUCAAGGCUUAGCUGGAAUUCAACCAGUUGAGAUUCCUGGUGUUGAGAAUGUUGAUGUAACUGAAUUCAUUGAGGGUCAUUCGACAUAUCUGUGGGCUACACAAGAUAUUUUAGAACUACUUGAGCUGGAUACUUAUUAUCCUGUUUUCGGAUAUCGUGCUGCAAAAACAUAGAUUUUACAUUUGUUAUUUCUUAUUUCAGUAAUAUUGCCUCUCUUACCGUGAGUUAGGCUAUUUGUUGUUGUGAGUUGUGACCAUAGAUUUAUCAACUGCAAAGCUUCAUUAAUGUGAAUAAGAUUUCCGAACAAGAA